AUGAGUGGCGUUGGGCGUUCUAUUUUCGCCAAUGGCGUCGCGACAUUUAACUAGGUAACCGGCGCACGCGCCCAUGUGACACUGCAGCGCGCGGGCGCGUGCAUCUUCCUCUUCACGAGCUCUGCGGACAAGACGGUCGUGCAGGCGUUUCCCUUUGUCUUCCUGUGUUCAAGGUGACAGUAGAGCAUCUGAUCAGGAUGAUGAUGAGUUCGCCAUCCGACAAGAUAAAAAAGAAAUGGUCCAAGGCCAGUCUCACCCUCUUGCCAUGUUUCUACUUUGUCGAGCUCCCCAUCGUGGCCUCCUCAAUGGUGUCGCUCUACUUCCUGGAGUUGACUGACAUGCUGCGGCCUCCGAGACUCGGCUUCCGCUGUCACGACCGCGAUCUCAGCAAACCAUACGUGGACGGUGGCGACGAAAUGAUUCCGCUGCUCAUGCUGCUCAGCCUGGCCUUCGCUGGCCCGGCCGCCUCGAUCAUGCUGGUGGAGGCCUUCCUCUAUCUGCUGCAGUCCCGUACCACAGCCCAGCAAGCAGAAGGCAGCAUCGCCGCGGGAGGCUGCAACUUCAACUCUUUCCUGAGGAGGACCGUACGCUUUGUGGGCCUCCAUCCAGUUGAUGAACCUGCUCUCCUUCUCUCUCUCCUGGUGGGGUGGGCCAUGUCAGGCGUGCACGUGUUCGGGCUGUGCGCGACGGCGCUGGUCACUGACAUCAUCCAGCUGUCGACGGGUUGCCACGCCCCCUUUUUCCUCACCGUCUGCAAGCCAAACUACAGCCACGUCUCCUGCGAAACCAACACCUACAUCACCAAGGACAUCUGCUCCGGACACGAUCGACAUGCCAUCGCCGCCGCCAGGAAAAGCUUCCCAUCGCAGCAUGCCACUCUGUCCGCAUUCGCCGCCGUGUACGUUUCUAUGUACUUCAACUCCACCAUCUCGGAGCGCACCAAGCUGCUGAAACCCGUCUUGGUGUUUGUGUUCGCCAUAGCCGCCGCGCUGAGCGGCCUGACCCAGAUCACGCAGCACCGCAGCCACCCUGCCGACAUCUACGUGGGCUUCCUGGUCGGAGCUUUCAUCGCCGCCUACCUGGUGAGCUUUUCUCGCCGUGUGCUCCACCUUGGAUUGUUGUUGCCAGGACACCGCCUGCUGGCCUUUGCUGGGCUUUACUGGCUUUUGCUGGCCUUUGCCGGGCUUCGCUGGCCUUUGCUAGCAACACUCUUGAAGCUGUUGAUUCUCACGCAGGCUUGUCACGCCGUGGCCAACUUUAGGUCCUCUGACACGCCUCUGGCCCUGCCCCCUCCGCCCAGUCUGGAGGACCCUUUGCGAGCUCUGACCGAGCGAGGGCACGAGUCAGUCUACAACAAGGGCCCCGCCUCAGCCUCUGAGAGCAACGAUGAGAUAGCGGCCAGCCCGGGACCCCUUCAGAGGGAGGUUGCGUCCAUGGCAAGCCUCAAGAGGGCCAGUGCGGAUGUUGAGCUCAGGGCUCCGCGGAGUCCCAUGGCCAAGGAGACCAUGCUGACUUUCAGCAACACUUUGCCCCGAACCAGCAUCGGUGUCAGUGACGGAACUCCUGGUCCGACUCAACCUGUGCAGCCGCUCCAGCAACGUCCAAAGACUGUCCAUGUCCCCACGGACACGGUUUCGUCACAGCGUCUCUUGUCAGAAUGGAAGAAGAGGUCCGCGGAGAUGCGAGCUCAGAGCGUGCGGGAUGACAACGAACUCGGCGAAGACGGCUCAGACUCGGGGAGAGACAACAGAUGUUCUCCCGUCCUUGCCGUGUCCUCCGGCAACGCCUCAUCCAACCGCAACCCCACUCCUCCUCCGGGUUGCGCUGCCAAACCUGUGGCCACGCCGAGAGCGCCGCAGAUCCAGCAAGCGGUAGCGCCUCCGAUUUCACCCAAGAGCUCCUUAGCCCGCGCCAAGUGGUUGGCUAUUCGAGAGAAGGCUGGCAUGGAAGCUUUGAGUGGCGUGGCGGCCAACCACCCGCGACUGCUUCAGGUGGUGGCCAUGUCCAAGCAGCAGGGGCUUCUGGCAUCCCUGUCCUCGCUGGAAAAAUGCUCAGAAAGCGCCACUGCUUGUUGCAGCUCUUCAGCCGCCCCCUGUCUGCAUUGCCGGCCGGCUGGCGAGAAGCAACGUGAAGCCGUUGUCACCGUGAACGCCCACACCGCUCACCAUCCUUUAGCUCAAACGCCACCAAGUCCCUGGGAGUGGGCCGGGCCCAACCUGUGUGACACAUACCACCUGAACGGCCUGCAGCAAGGAGAUCCCGCCGCCUGCGGCAGUAGCUUCCGACAGCGGCGAGCUGGCGCCAGUUAUGAACCGCCGGCACAGUUUGAGGCGUUGACGGAUGCGCAGCGCAAAGGAAUGGCCAGCAGACGCAAGACGGCGCUGGUUCUUCUGGAGCGAGGCGCUCACCUUACUAAUGAGGAGAACCACCUCAAGAGUUUCCAAGGUCGCACAAUGAAGGAUGAGUCCAGUGGCUUCUUUUGAAAGGUUCUCUAUUUUGGAGACAAUCAUGUCUGUAGUGCAGUCGCAUCAAUUCAUCAGUUGAUUCUCAUUGGCCGCUUUGCUGAGCAGUGGGCGGAGCACACUGAUUCACGGUCUGAACGACAUUCGUACUAUGGGCGCAGAAUCGUAUGUCGACGUCACUGCCAUGUUAGAUUUGGACCAAAAAAAA